GGAGGAACUGGUCUACCUCGGCCCCUCUGAUCUGCAUCCACCAAUGGCGAUGGGGAGGAGGACGACUUGGCACCACCCCCCUUCCUUGAGAACAGGUCGCCAUGGACGCCUCUGCUCCAUUUAUAAGGAGCUCAGGUGUGAGGUGUGUGACAGUGGCAGCCAGCGUCGAUCAAGAUCGAGCUUGUGGGGUGCGGCAAUGGAGGUCCCGGAGUUGGCGAAGCUGGCGUUCUCGAGGGUGCAGAGGGUGGAGCCGGAGAACGUGGGCAAGAUCAUGGGCGUCAUGCUGCUGCGGGAACCCGACGAGGACGAGAUGGUGCAGCUCGCGUACGGCACCGACGCCGCGCUCCUAGCCAGGAUCGACGACGCCAAGGCCGCGCUCGCCGUCAUCUACGCGCGCUGCUCCGCCGUGCAUGGACCUGGCGGCGGCGGCGGCGGCGGUGGAGGAGGAGGAUACCACCAGCACCAGCAGCAGCUCUGCUCCCGGCCGGCGCCGGCGGUCCAUUGCGGCGUCCGCCACUACUCCGCCCCGGCGGUGGCGGCCUUUGGCUUCCACGUCCAGCCGCAGCACUGGCCGGACAGCUCGCCGCCGCCGGCGAAGGCGCAGCAGCAGCAGGACGCCGCGCAUCCCGGGCUCAUCAGCGCCGCCGCGGAGGGCCCCUACGUGCUCGACGACAGCUUCGGCGGGUCGUACUACUACCCGGCCGGCGGCGAGGACGUCGCCUUCCACAGCAGCACCGGCAGCGGCGCCGGCGGCGGGGGGGUGUCGCUGGCGAGGGCGCGGCGAUCGGCGGCCGGGCUGCCGUCCAGGCGGCCGUGCCACUACUUCUCGAAAGGCAUGUGCAAGAACGGGCAGAGCUGCCAGUACUCGCACCACCAGGCGGCGUACCAGGACCACGCCGGCGGCGACGUCGCGUGCGGGACGCCGGGUUCGCUGGAGACGCUGGAGCUGGAGAUCGCGGAGCUGCUGAACUCGCGGCGCGGGCAGCCGGUGUCCAUCGCGUCGCUGCCGACGCUGUACGGCGAGAAGUACGGCAAGGGGCUCCAGGCGGACGGGUACCUGACGGAGAGCCAGCGCCAUGGCAAGGCCGGCUUCAGCCUCACCAGGCUGCUCUCCCGCCUCAACAAGAUACGGGUCAUCGAAAGGCCGCAUGGGCAGCAUUCGGUGGUUCUCGCCGAGGACGCCGGCAAGUACAUGGACUUUAGAGGAGGCGGCGGCGGCGGCGACACAGGCUCAGUUCCGGCCAGCGCCCACCAGAUAUACCUCACCUUCCCGGCUGAAAGCACCUUCACCGAGGACGAUGUCGCCAACUAUUUCGGGCAGUACGGGGCAGUGCGCGACGUGAGGAUCCCGUGCCAGGAGCGGCGGAUGUUCGGGUUCGUGAGCUUCCACAGCCCAGAGACGGUGAGCACCAUCCUGAUGCGGCGCAACCCGCACUUCAUCUGCGGCUCGCGGGUCCUCGUCAAGCCCUACCGGGAGAAAUCCAAAUGCGUCGACAACCUCAAAUCCAUGCCUCCUCCCUACUCUCCCUCACGGUUCUUCGACUUUGAUCAAGACCUCUAUACAGCAGAGUUUGAUGCUUCGAGGUUGAUGAGGAAGCAGUUGGCGGAGAAGCACGAGAGGAUGUUGGAGAUGGAGAGGCGGCACGCGGCGGUUCGUAGGCUUGAAUCCUUGACGCCACAGUUUGCCUACUUCGACUGCAGCAUCGACGACCAUUCCUUCCCUGAAGAAUCGAAACAGCUCGACAUUAUGAACACGCCAUUUGCGUCCACUGAUCCACUGGAGAUCGUUUCAGCCGACCAAUCUCCUCCCACACAGCCAGAGAACAGCUAUGGUGACCAUGAGAGUAGCCAGGUCGAACUCCUGCCUGAGAGUCCAUUCGCCUCAUCAGCUCCUGCAGGAAACAUCAUAUCUGCAAUCAUUUAGGAGGAGCAAAGUACAGAGACUUUUGGGCCUUUUUUGGUUAGAAAUUCAGGUGCCCCUUUCAGGAAUUUGGUGCAUGUUUGGUCCAAGAGUACCAUAAUUAUACACACACAGGAGACAGCAAAGCAACAAUAUUUGUUCAUUGUAGUUAGCACAUGGAAGGUGGAAGUAGAGCAAUUUUAAGCUCGUUGAGAAUAUAACGAGAGAUACCAAAAUUUUAGGGUAAAAUUUGGUAUCUUCUCGUACCUACGGUACCAAGAGGACAGAAACGACAGCUAGCAAUAGUCCUGCCUUGCAAAGGUAAGGACAGUUACAAUGGUGGUAAACUUUCUGGGUGGUUUCAUAUUAGUGUGUAGUUUGACUAUAAUUAAGGAAUAGGGAAUAAUGUGGUGUGCUAAUUAUAUAUAUAGUCCUAGAAUAAGAGAUAUGAUAUUAUUUACAUAUUUAGUCUACUGGCCUUUACGUUCACAAGGGAGGCAGAACCUUUGCUGAUACUCAUAUUGACAAGAUCAGCAAAGAGGCCCAUUUGUACUUCCCAUCAGUAAUGGAGAAAACUGCCUUUGAUGUUUAAUUAUUUCUGAUCUCUAUAACAAAUACACAAAAAGUUGUCCCAGAAAUUCUGUUUUCUGGAAUUCUAAUCA